AUGUCUAGUGAUGUGUCCUAUCUAAGGUCUAAUAACUCUUCAUUGUCCACUGGUUUAUUGAAUGUUGCUACUGAAUCAGUAGUUCCCAUUGGUCCUUUAGAUGGUUCUUUGUCUGGGGUUUCUUGUCUUAUGGGUAUUAAUGCAGUUGGUCAUAGCUCUCAGCCGACUGAUAUUUGUGCAGCACCUAGAGCUAAUAUUUGUGCAUCACCAAUCGGUAUUAAUGCGGCUUCAUCUUCCUCUGUUGAGUCAUCUUCUGUUAAAGAGGCUUUAUGUCAUGAUCAUUGGCGACAGGCUAUGUCUGAGGAAUAUGAUGCACUUAUGCACUCGUCUUUACUCAUUCGACAUACUUCUUCUCAUUGUUGUUACAUCUUGGUGUAUGUUGAUGAUAUUCUAAUUACAAGAAGCUUCACGACUAUGAUUUCUCAGUUGAUUUCUACGCUUCAUCGUCAAUUUUCAUUGAAGGAUUUGGGGUGGCUGAGCUAUUUUCUUGGUAUUGAAGUUUCAAAUCCUCCUCAAGGUGGACUAUUUCUAUCUCAGUCUAAAUAUAUCAUGGAUCUUCUUGUUAAAGCUCGUAUGGCUGAGGCUCAUGCUAUUUCAACUCCAAUGGUGAGUGGUCCUUUGUUAUCUGCUAGACAGGGUGAUAAGUUUGUUGAUGUUCAUCAAUAUAGGGGUAUUGUCGGUGCUUUGCAAUAUGCCACUUUGACUCGCCCUAAUAUUUCUUUCAGUAUCAAUAAAGCCUGUCAAUCUAUGCACUCUCCUACUUUGGUUCAUUGGCAAUUGGUGAAACGAAUUCUUCGUUAUCUCAAGGGUAUAGUGGAUCAUGGUCUUCUGUUAUCCAAACCUUCUCAGUUUUCACUUCAUGGUUAUGUUGAUGUUGAUUGGGCGUCGGAUCCAGAUGAUAGAAAAUCAACGUCUGGAUUUUGUGUAUUUUUUGGUGGAAACCUUGUUACCUGGGGUCCAAGAAACAAUCUAUUAUUUCUCGUUCAAGUACAGAGGCUGAAUAUCGUUGUCUAG